AUGUCACAAGAAAAGCAAGUCACUGUGCUGGAGCUCUUUAGAACCCCGAGCUACCGACAGCCCAUCCUCAUUUCCAUCGUGCUCCAGCUCUCUCAGCAGCUCUCUGGGAUCAAUGCUGUGAGUAUCUGCGUUUGGGUGAAAGCUAUCUUGAUCUUUGUGGCUUUCUUUGAAGUUGGACCAGGCCCCAUUCCCUGGUCUAUUGUGGCUGAACUCUUCAGCCCGGGACCCCACCCAGCUGCAAUGGUAGUGGCUUGUUGUUCCAACUGGACCUCCAACUUUUUGGUUGGACUGCUCUUCCCCUCAGCUGUAUUCUAUUUAGGAGCCUACGUUUUUAUUGUCUUCACUGGCUUCCUCGUUAUCUUCUUGGUCUUCACCUUCUUCAAAGUCCCAGAGACCCGUGGCAGGACUUUUGAGGACAUUACACGGGGCUUUGAAGGGCAGGCACAGGAGACCAGUAGAUCUGGGAAAGGCCCCAUUAUGGAGAUGAACAGCAUCCAGCCUGUUAAGGAGUCCACCACCAAUGUCUAAGUCAUGCCUCCUUCCACCUCCCUCCCAGCAUGGAAAAGCAACUUCUCCCUACAUGAGGGAGAGACCUCAUCAGGAUGAAACCAGGACUGCUUCUGAAUGCUGCUACUUGAUUCCUUUCUCAUCCCACACACUCCACGAGCACUAAGAUUAACCCAGUGCUGGGACUGGAUUUUCACUGGUUUUUAAAAUAUUU